CAGCCCUGACCCGUGCCUCAUUAAAACAGGAAACUCUGUAAUCAGUAGAGAAAAUUCAGUCCCUUCUCUUGGUUUCAGCCCCUGAAGCAAAGUCUAGAAGAGUUUUCCCCCAACAGAUGUUUUUGUUCCAGCAGCAAAGAUUGGUUCCCCGACCCCACCCACCAGGGGCUCCAGGACCAGCAAGGACAGUUCCUCAGCACAGACUGCAUAAGACAUAAGAACGGCCAGACUGGGUCAGACCGAAGGUCCAUCCUGUCUUCCGACAGUGACCAAUGCCAGGUGCCCCAGAGGGAAUGAACAGACAGGUGAUCAUCAAAUGAUCCAUCCCCUGUCGCCAGUUCCCAGAUUCUAGCAGACCCUGAAGCAAAGUCCUGGGGAGUUUUUCCCCCAACAGCUGAUUUUGUUCCAGCACCAAAGAUUGGUCCCCCGACCCACCAGGCCCUCCAAACCCAGAAAGGACGGUGCAUCAGCACAGGCUGCGUAAGGACAAGGUGACAAAGGAAGAAAAUCAUGCUAAAUGCCAGGGGGGCGAUGGUGGGGAGAAGGGUCCUGUCCCCUAGCUGCUGAGGGCGUGUGGCACCACCAGAGUAGGGUCGAACCACGGUGACACUGCAGCUCAUGCAGGGCAUGGGAGACAGGCCUGGGACAUGUGAGGAGCAGACGGUGAACUUACCUCACAUGCCAGAGACAGCAGGUUGGGGGGUCCCCAUGCCCAAAGGGUGGUGGUACUUGUUCCUUUAACCCUUACCAUUUUCCCCUUAUUUUGCUUACAGUUGGUUUUUAAUAAGUUGUAUUUGAGUUGAAUGUAACGCAGGGAUCAAGGGGUCAGGGAGGUGUCCGGUGCGCAGGGAGCACUCCAGGGUGGGGACACCCAAGCCCCUGGCCUAAGUGACCAUGGUGAGACUGGGGGUUCAGUCCCCCCCCCCCAGAGAUCUCGGGCCCAGCCUUGUCGGGGUUACGAGGACUCUGCUGCACAGGAGGGAGGAAGGGGAGCCCUCAAGGGCAGGCCGGCCUCCGGGUGAAGGGAGCGACCACUCAGAUCCUGUUGCUGUCCGAUUCCAUCGGGAUCAUGAAAAAGCCAGGAAAGUUCCCCACAACAGCAAAACCACCCCCACUUAUGAGAGACACGGUGGCCUCUGAAGCAAAGUCCAGGAGAGAUUUUCCCCCCAGCAACUGAUUUUUCCCCAGCAGCAAAGAGGAGGACACAGGACGGUUCAUCAGCACGGGCUGCGUAAGGUUAAUAAAUUGUCUCUGGGCACAAAGUACUGAUCAUGGCUGGAAUUGGUGUUUCUUUCCCCAGGAAAAUGGCAGGUACAAGAACUUUCUGGGCUGAUUUAUUUUUAGAAUGGGGCAGUCACCUUAGUGGCCUAUCCCAUGAGGAAUCUGAAGAAUUCCAGACUGCUGUCCGUGCAGGAAACCUCACUGAAGCCAUCACAGUGGUGAAGAAAUCUGAUGCGUUGUUAAAAAACACCCAGCUCGAUGUUGCCAUUACCGGAGAACAGGGCUCUGGCAAGUCAUCUUUCAUCAACGCUAUCAGAAGCCUAGCUGACGAUGAUGAAGGUGCAGCUGAGACCAACGUGAUGGAUUCAGCAAAGGAGCCAACUCCUUAUCCACAUCCCAAGCACCCAAAUGUCACAAUGUGGGACCUGCCUGGGAUCGGGACGCCAAAUUAUCCAGCAAACACAUAUGUGGAGAAGGUGGAUUUUGCUCGCUAUGAUUUCUUCAUCAUUAUCACAGCAGUGCAGUUCCGAGAGUCAGAUGCCAACCUGGCCCAGGAGAUACAGAGGAUGGGGAAGAAGUUUUACUUUGUCCGCUCCAAGGUGGACAUGGACUUGUGCUGUGAAAGAAAAGGAAAAACGAAGGUCAAGGAGGAGACAGUCGUGCAGACAAUCAGAAAUGAUUGCAUCAGGAACCUGCAAAAAGCAGGCAUCCUUUCCCCACAGGUUUUUCUGGUGUCGAGAUGGGACUUUGAGAAGUAUGAUGCUCCCCAACUUCAGGAGACCUUUUCGAAUGAACUCGACACUCACAGGAGACACGCCAUCUUUCAUGUCCUGCUCAGCACCUCUGAACAACCCUUAAACUGGAAGAAAGAGGCUGUGGAGCAGCAGAUCUGGAAGCAAGCCUUUAAGUCAGGCGCUAUCGCUACUAUUCCUCUCCCGUUUCUCUCUGUUUGGUGGGAUGUUGGCAUCUUGGUGGAUAACAUGACCGAGUUCUGUGAGAGCUUUGGCCUGGACGACUAUUCCCUCAGAGCCCUUGAAAAGCCCACGGGCAAGUCUGGUGAGCUGAAGACUGUGAUAGAAUUCCCGCUGGCCAAAGAUAGAUCAAGAGAUCAGGCUUUUGAACUUCUGGAAGAGGCUACAGGGCAGGUUAUGAUGAUAGCUAAGUUUUUCAUCAGCAUGAUUCCAGGGAUUGGUACUGUGAUAGCAGCAGUGACGUCUUACAGAGUCACGGGCAGAUUGCUCUGUACUUUUGUGGCUCGAGUUGCAGAAGAUGCUCAGAGAGUCCUGAAAAGGGCUUUGGAGAGAGCAGAAAAAACAGAUUAACAACAGCCACAAAAGAGCAACGUACCUGAUGGCAGCUGGAGAUCAGAGCCAGCUGGUAGGGAGGUGACAUUACCCUUCAUUCUCAAAUACAGUGCUAAAAAGACACUGUCAAAAAAGAUCUCCAGAGUUUGGUGUGUUUUAAAAACAAAUAUUCUUUUCUAAUGUAGGGAAAUGGGUAAAAUUGAGGUAAAGGUCUCUGAUCCCACAAUUUCUGUUAAACACCCCAAAAGGAAAGUUGAAGGAGACUCAGAACAAAUACCAUGUAACAAAACUUUGCUCUGUGUUAUUUAGUAAUAAUACCUGACACAGUUUUUAAGACAUUCUCCAGUUUUCAUUAUUUAAGCAGCUGGGGCCACACCCUCAUAUGGCGUAAAGUUAGUGUAACUUUCACAGAUUCAUAGCUUCCAAGGUCAAAAGGGACCAUUGUGAUGAUCAAGUCUGAUCUCCUGCAUAACACAGGCCAGAGAACUGCCCCAGGAUAAUUACUAGAGCAGAUCUCUUAGAGAAACAUCCAGUCUUGAGUUAAAAAUCUCCAGGGCUGGAGAAUCCGCCACAACCCUUGGUAACUUGUUCCAGUGCUUAAUCACCCUCACCGUUAAAAUAUUUUGCUUAUUUCCAACUGGACUGACGUCAAGAUCUGGCCUUUUACUUUUUGCAGCUCACCGAGUCACUUUCUUUCUUAGGCUCUCAUGCGCUCGCACAUGUUUGGCUGCCAUGUGUGAUGUUUGGAUGCCACCAAAGCAGGGAAAUCUUGAAAUCCAAACCAAACUCUUUGCCUUGAUUAACGUGCUUCACACAAUCUCAUGAACCCAUUUCUGUAGGGAUUAGGGUUUGAAAUUUUUGUAAAAUGAACCACACCUAAAUUUCAGGCCUGAAGUGGCUGAAAAUCCAUCAAUGUUUAAGGCCAGAAGGGACCCUUAGGAUCUCCAAGUCUAACCACCUGCAUCACAAAGUGUCCCUUUGAGGAAAGUUUAACCUUUCCUGUGAACACAGAGAACAGUGCAGAGCUCCCACUAAAUAUGGCCCUGACUUGCAGUGAAGUCAAAGGGAUUUCCCAUGUAAGUGAGCACAUACAGAAACUGGACCUAAACAACUAGUCAGUCAAUAUACUAGUCCAGGAAAGCUAUCAGAACAGAGCGACCCCAGAUACCUCUCCUGUGAUUGGAGUUGUAGUUAGUUGCUUGUUUUUUCACGCUGAGUUUUGGUUUUCCUGGUGUCCAAGAAUCACUAUCAUGGCUCAGGCUAACCUGGGGUGUGUGGAUUGUAAUCACAUUGUGUUGGGCUCAGAUGGUGGUUGGCUCAUGUCCCGCUACACACCACCCACGACACUACUGAUGUGCACCGUAUUUCAUAGUCCGUAACCAGUGUCUGUCCUGGGGCCGGUCUGCGCUGGGAAGUUACAUAGCGUUAGAACACGUGGUAACCAAACGCUCAGGCCCUGAUUCCCAUUGACAUUAAGGACAUUUUACAGUGAUCUGGCAGUGGGAAGCGGCCAAAGCCUUAGCCCUGGUCUACACUGGGGGUGGGGGGGAAUCUAAGAUAUGCAACUUCAGCUACGAGAAUAGCGUAGCUGAAGUCGACGUAUCUUAGACUGACUUAUCUUGCAUACUCACGGCAAGGGGUCGAAUGCCGCCGCUCCCCCGUAGACUCCGCUUCUGCCUCUCAGCAGUGGUGGAGUUCCGGAGUCGACGGCAGAGCGAUCGGAUAAAUCGAUCCCCGAUAGAUCGAUCACUACCAGCCGAUCCGCAUUUAGCAGUAUGUUCGCUGGAUAUGAUUAACCAACAUGAUGUUAGGGGUAAUCACGUCCCGUUAGUGUGUGUGAAAACAUAGCCAUUUUCAUCAUGGUCACAAAUAGCUCACAUUGGCUAAGUGUUUUUCUGGAUCUCUUUGAAGAUACCUCACUAGAAUUACCUGGACUAUCUGGUGAGUCAGUGACUACAAAAAAGCUGAACUUUACAAUCCUACUUGCUUGUCGUCAAAAGAUUUUGAAAAUUGUGGCUGUCUGAUUUUACAGCGAUCGCUGCUUUUGCAAAUGUGAUAUAAAAUGGUUUGGAAAUUCUGCUUCCACCUUCUGCAUAAUUAGAAGGGCAAAUACCUGCAGUUUGUGUUACAACAAUAAAGCUUCUCUAUGGUUAAGCUUCUA